CCUCGUUCACUCUCGAUAUUCCCAUCCCCCCACUUUGUGUGGAUGUCGAUGUUACCAACGCCGCUUAUGAGAAACCACCGAAGCAAACCUUGGAGAAAACCGCCAGCAUUGAACAAGGGAAAUCAGUGACUCCGGACUCAGCAUAUAAUUAAAGACGAGGUGCUCCACGAUAAUAAAUUCCCUUGGACGUUUGUAAGAGUAGACUGUCUUCUGACAUGAAUCCUGUGUAUAGUCCUGUCCAGCCCGGGACACCGUACGGGAACCCCAAGAACAUGGCAUACGCAGGCUAUCCUGCAGGUUAUGCUCAGACUCCUACCUAUACACCCAACCUCUACCAGACUGGCAGUCCAGGCUAUCCCCCAGUGCUGCUGGUGAAGCAGGGCUGGCCCCAGGCCUCCAGUGCUGGAGUGGGCCCAGAGGGCUCCUAUGACCUGGCCAUGGACGCAGGCUCAGAGGGCCGCCAGUACCAGGCCUCAGCCGCAGCUUUCAGAUACACUGCUGGGACUCCCUACAAGGUCCCCCCUGGUCAGUCCAAUGGGGCGCCCCCUCCCUAUUCCCCAUCCCCUAACCCCUACCAGACGGCCAUGUACCCCAUCAGAAGUGCCUAUCCCCAACAGAACCUCUACGCUCAGGGUGCGUACUACACACAGCCGAUGUAUGCGGCUCAGCCUCACGUCAUCCACCACACCACGGUGGUGCAGCCCAACAGCCUCCCCAACGCCCUCUACCCUGCCCCUGUCCAACAGCCCCGCUCCAACGGCCAUAUGGCCAUGGGCAUGGUGGCCGGCACAACCAUGGCCAUGUCUGCUGGUACUCUGCUGACCACGCCUCAGCACGCCACUCAGCACAUUGGUGGACAUCCGGUCACCGUGCCAACCUACCGGCCCCAGGGGACGCCUGGGUACAGCUAUGUGCCUCCUCACUGGUAGACCCUCAUCACUGGGCCCCACUCAUGAGUCAAACAUUGCUCCAACUCAAGUCUUACAUUGGUGCAGGAGGUCUGGCAUACAAGCACCAAGUCUGUCAGCAAGAAAAAAAACUAAAGUGCAAGGGUCACUAUGCAUUAUUUUGUGAUUUGGAAAAGCUGCUUUUUCAUGUUUUUAUUAUUUUUUUACCAGCCUCAGAUUUUGUUGAUUUUUUUUUUUUGAUUUUGACUCUCUUAUAAUCCAGACACACACUGACCAGCAGUAUAGUACAUUUAUAGUACAUUUGUGCUAAACAAUUGUGUGUGUGUGUGUGUGUAUUUUUGUGUUCUGAACACUGGUUACGACGCAAAGCCAGUCCCUUCAGCCGUGAGAAUGUACACCUCUUUGUAUGCUGCCAAAUGCUCUCAUGUUUCAAAAAACAUUGGGGGGAAAGCGCCGUACGAGUGUCGCGCCUUGUUUCUUUUGUGUUGCACCUAGAUUAUUUUCCACUUUUCUUGAUUUGCAUUCCCAUUUCGGUUUACGUUCAAACACAACCAUCUUCCAGCACAAGAUAACAAGGGUCGUCUUCCAGCUUGUAGCAACCGUGCAUUAACUUGGCUUCGUAAGAUUAUUCCCACUGUAUAUCAGUCAUGUGGUAGAAGAAAGACUUAUACCGUAAGUACCGUAAUAGUUACACACCAUGUAGAGUACAUUUUCAGUAAGUUCAGUGGACUUAAUUAGCUUUUACGUCUACUAGAGUAUUGUAAGCAAUUGAAAUAUCUAUACAUGAAUAUAUAUUAUAUAUAGGAAUACUGACGUGUGAGCAAGCGCCUGUGCGCGUUUGUGGUUCUUUUGGACAAGUAAAAGCUCGGCAAACUUAAAAACACACUCACAUUUAGGUUUUUCAGUUGGUAUGAGUAGUGGCACAUGUACACAAUACAUAUACAGAUUUAUAGGACAUCACACACACAGACUCAAAAGUGUAGACAUCAUAGGAUGCGAUGGAUAGAUUGCUGGAUAGGAUCUCCCUAUUGCAGGCUAUGUUGUGAAUUGAAUCCAACUCUAAUCUAGUGUCAACUGAAGUGCAUGGAGUUUGAAGGGUGAGGCAAAUUGUCAGUUGGACCAGGGAUAACUAAGUUGAAGGAUUCAAGGGAUUUACGGUCAAUAGAAGAGAGGGGAGAAAGGAAUACAAGGGGAGUAGUGAGUGGAAAAAGGAAGAAAAGCAUCUAAAUUGUGUUGUGGUCAAGCAUCUAUGCCCAUAGCCUUGUGCUGCAUGCCUCCCAUUGAUCUCACAGGCUGGAGAUUAGUGUUAUUCGCAAUAAAGAUCCCAUGUGAUGUCAUGUUUACAUGUUUAAUAGAUAUCUAGGCCCUAAACUGCACCAUUUACCUUGGUCGUGUUCAGCAAGGCACGCCAGAGCAAAACGUUUUGCAUUGGAAAACAAAAAUUGGUGUUCUUAUUGGACAGAUUCAGGUAGUACCGCCUUGUUUUAGUCCUUUUCAAAACGUUUUCUCGGGAACUUAACAUGGCCCUGAUCAGUGUCACUCGUUCUUCAGGUGACCAGUAGAGGGCAGUAGUGAGGGGUGCAGGGCAGACAGCAGAGUUAAGGCUUCUUCCGCACGCUUCAGUUUGGGUAGCCGAACCGAACGAGUGGGCUCGCAUACCUUACCUUCGCCUGAAAAAAGAGAAAAAAGACGCAAUAGUACUGUUUGUCCGUUUUGGGACUACGUAGCCAAAAUAGUCUAAAUUAAUCUAGAAAUCUGUCAUUCAUUUUGAUGUUUUUGCAAAGGAGAUCUUAGUUGUGCAAUUUUACAUCUAACUAUGAUGUUUGGUGGAGUAUUUCUCAAUUGAAAACAUUUGCAUGAAAAUGAGUCGUCUGUCAUUGAAUGACAGCAAACACUUCAUUGAGGAAUUCCUACUGUUGACCAAUCGCCGAUGAAAUGGUGUUAACUUCGGCUUGCCUCGCAAGAAAAAAAUUGUGUGCAACGAACAGUCGAAAAAACCCUUGCCGAAGACCAAAACUAAUAAAAACUCCACCAAAUGUAGUCAUAAUAUAUACACAUACUGUUCCAAACUGCUUGGUUGGCUCAGGGUUUUAGAGGGGCCCUCUAUUCCCUUCCUAUUUAGGGCUCUGGUCAAAAGUAGGGCACUAUAUAGGGAAUUGAGUGCUAUUUGGAACAGAAACAAGCUUUUAGAAGCCAGACUGACCUCAACAGAGAUGUGUUUCAGUCCAGAGAAUUGUGUCAUCUGGUCUCAAUGUGUAUAUUACUCCGUAGUCCAUGCAAUUGAUACUAGUUCACCUGUCUUGUGAAAUCUUCUAAACAAUGGCAGGUGUAAAAAUGCUCUAAAACACAUUAUUUUGGACUUAGAUUAGUGAAAGGAAACAUUUAGUCGUCAUGUUGGCCAACAUCCUAGGCCCUCCCUCCCUUCAGAGUAGCCAAUAGAACAGGUUCAAGACAUUGUUUCCAGGGCAUCCAAUAGCAGACACAAUGGAAGGGAGAUAGGAUCGUGAAGGGAAUCAUGUGUAUGAGAAGAAGAAUUUGUGUUCUAACAGGAAAUUGGGAACAUUUAAAAAAAGGUUUCAAUCAUGUCCCUUUAGUCGGGGCCAAAAACCCUAUGACAGGGGGACUUGAGUUGGGAGAGGUCCGUGUGCGGCAUGUGUUGACUCCAAAUCAACCCAUAACCUAGCCCUAGCCUCUACUCCUCUCAGGUCUUCUGAGAGGAUUGGGAUAGGUGAAAUCAAUAUGGCUGACAUUUCCACCCAGCCAAUCAGAAGGCAAGAUUUUACCAUAAUGCUUACAGUGUAUUGAUCCAGUCUGCCUACAUCCACAGGAGUGACUAGGGUGUAGGGGCUAGGGAUCCAUUUGGAAUUCAGAAUAGAAUUGGCAAGGAAGCAGGGUUCAGCUUGGGUAGAGUUUAAAGGUUGUGAGGAGGAGUUCCAUACUAGGUUAUUAUGGUUCAGUACUAGGUUACCGUAUCAUGACCACAUAUCAGAGUUAUCAUGUGAGUGUGUCAAAAUUGUAUUGCACAAACAUCUAAAAGUAAUAAUCUAUACUAAAUACCAGGUACUUAGCUCAUAUUUUAAGAGAUUUCUUAAGAGUUCAUUUAGUUCCGUGCAUUUGACUCUGGUCUCAAUAAACAACUGUAAAUUUAAGAGAAUAUCUGUUGUGAAUAAUUGCUACUGCUUUUUUCAAUCUGUUACAAUCAGUUAACUACUAUGUAAAAUGCUAAAUGCCAUUUUUUUGCCACAGUGUUACAUCGCCAAUGGAAAUAAAACAUUUAUUUAAAGGUGAGACAUCCUGCACCCAACAUAUGACAAUUGAUACAGUAGCAUUCGCUAGUGAACGAGGUAUAGAUGUGUAGAUGAGUGAGGCAUGUAUACAGUCAUGUGUGAGAGUUUUUCCCAACAUGGCACUGGUCAGACUGUGUAGAGCCAACGUUAUCCAAACGCUACUCUCCCCUGUCAGUAGCCUAUCACAGAGCCAAACAGAACAAAAACAUUGAAAACAAGUCUCAAAAGUAAAUGUAUUGUGCCACAUUUUUUGGGAACAUUAGAGGGAAGACCAUCGAAAAAUAUAGUUUUGUAGUGCUAUUCACCAGAACAUGUAAUGUGAUGCAAGAGCUGAACAAUGCAUAUGACUAGUUGCACAGGCCCAAGUCUGUGAAUGCUAUGUUGAGUGCUAAAUCUUUGGUGGUUCAAAACCUCAAUAAUAAUUCAACCAUGUGUACUAUGAGUAUAACUGCAGUGUUUUAAAAAAAGGCACAAAAAAAAGAAACUUUUAAUUUCUUGUAUGUAAUUUAAGCGCUUUUUACCAUAAGUGUUAUUUAAGGUUUUGUUCAUUGAUUGAUGUUUAUUAUUCUUAAGAUAGAAGAUCUUUAUUGUCAAUCUCAAGUGGGUUGCCUUUUGGUGCUUCAGAGGGCAUUUCAGAACACAAGUCUGUAGGAUGAGUGGAGCAGAUGUGCGGAGGGACACAAUCUGGCAACCCGGUCAGAAGCAACUGGCAUACAGGUCCCUCCUACUCGCUGGCCUUUUCCCCUCAAAGACCAAAGGCAUUGAAACACGAGAGGAAUGUUCCGAGAACCAAACUGACACCAUAAACAGACGUUCCCAGAACAUCCAGGGAACCUAAUGUGCUAACUGGGCAUUAUCUGAAAGUUACCCCAGAGUCAAGUCCUUACACUACAAUUCAUGUUUAUUGAAACAACAUGCUAAAGUGUAUGGGUCCACAGUUUGCGGACUGAAGCAUGAGAGCUGUAGCCUGGGAUUGAAACUUAUUUUGUUAUGUUUCACCAUUGUUUCACUUCAUGUUAUGUAACAACCAUGCAACGUAGCAAACUCUGUUUGAAUUCUAGGCUAUGGGAACUGCUCCUGAGUGUCUCAAUGCCUGGGGUUUGAGAAGCAAGCAGCUCCACCAAGGUUGAACACACAAUCUCUUUGGUUUGUCUGUUUUCUUUGGUCACAAUGAACUUUGGUCUUGUCAAACCUUUGAUUUGAACACUAAUUCAGAGAGAGUGAAGUAUACCUUUGUGUCUUCCCCAAAAAAUAAUCAAAGAAAUUGUUUAAAAGAGUCUGCACCUUGAGAUUAAAAUGAUUUCCCAACUAAUGGCCGCCCAGAGCUCUUGCAACGUUCUGUCACAUGGUUGCAGCAACACUGGCGGAAUGUUUUUGUAACAUAAGAUUGGGACGUUUGUAAAGCAGAGUCCCACAUCAGACUUGUGUAUAUGAAGUGUAAAUCUGUUUUUGUUUUCAUGUCAUUCUAAUGAGGAUCAGUCAGUGAUUCUGGUGACAGAAGUAAGGCAAGUUUGUAAUUGUAUAAUAUUUACUGUACGAUGUAGAACAUUCAAUAACUAUUAAAAUCUUUCCCAAAAAGCC